AUGUUUGACAAACAACUGUUGAAAGGCAUUGACCUCAGUAAAGGAGAGUGUAGAUUGCAUGAGAGCGGUUUAUCAGUGGAAAAUCCUGGUGAUAAUUUGAUUUUGAGACCUUUAGGCGCUGAUGAUUAUGAUAAAGGUAAACCAAAUGAAUGAAAUGAAUUGACAAAAACAUUUUAGAAAACUCAUGCCACAUGCAUUUUUAUUAUUACUUCACAUGUCAUGAAUUUUAAAGGGGAAACUUCAAAUCUCAUCUUACCUUGCCCUUCUGUAAAAUUCAUGCAUCACAUAUUAAUUUUUUGUGCAAUUUUGUAUCAUGAAUAAACCCUUUGCCACCCUCUAAAUGGCCCUGGAAAUCAGCAAUUGUUUCUUAGACUGUUGUUGAUACUGCAUAAUAAAAGUAUUGGUAAAUGAGCAGAGCUGUAUUCCCCAUUGUACAAAAUAUCAGACAAAUGAACAAAAGUGUUUAUCAGCUAACUUUUUCCUUUAACCCUUUAACUCCUAAGAUCUGAUUCUUAAUUCUCCCCUCUAGCUACUAUACAUUUCUUUGUAAAUGAGUGUCAAGAAUGUGGUGUUAGAUCAAGUUAACAACUUUUACCUGAUAAGUUUGAGUCAUCUCAUUACCUGUCUGCUGGAUGGUGGUAUCAUUGGGAGAAGUUAAUGGCAAUCACUUCUGGGGGUUAAAGACUCAUUGAUUACUUAGUAAUUAACCUUACGGAUUAUAUCUAAGACUUAUUUUAGAAAAACUUAAAGAAAAGAACACUAUUUUUUAGGGUUAUUUAGUAUUAUCAACUGAAUUGAUAACAUAAAUUGGCCACCAUAAAUAGUUCCAAAGCUGACGUUUCGAGAGUUAGCCCUUCAUCUGAGGGAAUGAUGAAACAUCAGCUUUGAAACUCUUUAUGAUGGCCAAGUUAUGUUAUCAACUCAGUUGGCAAUAUGAAAUUACCCUGUUAUACUCUCCCACCAAUGCAGCACCAUAGAUUCCUUAGAAACUUACCCCCCCUUACACUAUUUUUCCAUUAGGUUUCUUGCAACUUUUAGGUCAGCUUACUAAGGUUGGAGAAGUGGCUAAAGAAAAGUUUUUAGGCAAGUGUGAUAUACUAGCAUGGAACUGUCUAAAAGACCUAACAAUAACGACUUUGAUCGCAAUAAGGGUAUUCUUGAAUUUGAAAGUGAUCUUUGCAGUAAUGAACACUACUUUAGCAGUAGAGAAAAUCGGGCCUGAAAAAAGGCUUUUAUGGGAUUUGAACCCAUGACCUCUGCAACACCAAAGCAGUGCUCUACCAACUGAGCUAACAAGCCAAUUGGGAGCUGGUCAUUAUGUUGGUUCAUAAUAAACCCAUGAAGUGAUGAAUAAAUGACUGUAAAUAUAUGAAAAUCACAUAAAUAAACUUUGCUUUUAAGAUAUGAAUUUGAAAGCAAUCUUUGCAGUAAGGAACACUACAUAAGCAGUAAUGAAAUUAUUACCCUCCUCUUGGUUCGGUGCUUUCUCCAAGCUUUCUGUAUUAACUUUAUGGCCUUAAUCUGUUGGAAGAAAAGCAGUAAUUAUAUACUGAUGAAGUUUUAUUGUGAAUCCAUUUCCCUGAUAAGGUCAUGUAGUAGAAAGAAUCUCAUCUUCUUGGAUCAGAUUAUAGCUAAAAUCGCCAAGAAAGUUAAAUGAUGAAACUUACCAUCUAACUCUGUACCAACCACCCUUACUAUCUCCUAAUACCUUGAGUUUGAGCUCUUCUCAUUACUGCUGAAGAAGUGUUCAUUGCUGCAUAGAUUGCCUUCAUAUUCAUUGACUGCUCUCUUUUUCAAUCUUUCUUCAGAGCGCUUCCAUGCUAUGCGAUCUUGUCCUGGCACAUAUUAUCUUAUUGUAAUAGAGGAUGUAAAACUAGCAAAACUAGUUGCAUGUGGAACACUGGUUGUAGAACAGAAAUUCAUCCAUGACACAGCUGUGGUAUGUACCCAUUUCCAAGGAGAGCUGGUCUCAUUGAGUCCCUCUUAAAGUUUUUGUUUUGGACAUAUCAUAAGAGAUAAUUACAGGAGGUUUUUUAAAGGGGAAAUAAGAGUCAUUGAGAAAGAGAACAAAGUCUUCUACAAGGUUGCUAAACUCAAGGUCAGAGGUCCUAACUUUCUUUGAGGCCAUCUGAAGGGUAAAGGUAACAAGUGAGGAUCCAAAUGUAAGGCUCUCCAAAGUCUGCCAUAAAGCUACCCUCAGAGACCCAGGGUGAGCAAAAGAGAAAAUCAGCACAACAAUAGUUUACUUGAUGUAAAACAUUUUGUGCAAUCUUUUGUCACACAGAUUUUUUUUCUCAAUCUGAUUAAUUGCCCUGGAUGUCCAGGGAUGCUAUAAAAAGGCUCAUUUAUUUCCCCCAGGCAAUAGCUUUAGACAUUGAAUGGGCCAUUAAUUGACCAAAUGAAAUAUUUAACCCUUGGAUUUGUGACUGAAUUUUCCUAAUUGCUGGGGACUGAAAACCCUUCAGCCACCAGAAGUUGCUGAUCUGAUUGUACACUCUCUUCUCUUGCUGCAACAUUUCCUUAUAAAUUAGUAACAAUAACUAGGUGUUAGAUCAAGAUGACAACUUCUACUUGAUAGGUUUGAGUAUUCUUAUUACCUGUUUGCUGGAUAAUAUAUGAAUAUUAUUGGGAGAAGUUGUAUGUUGAUCACUUCAGGGGGUUAAUAGCAAUUCUCCACAGUUAAAAGCAUUUCUGUUGUAAAUUUCAGAGAGGUAGAAUUGAGGACAUAGUUGUUGACGGCAGUUGUAGAGGGAAUAAAAUUGGAAAACUGUGAGUAUAACAUUGGGUUUUUUAGGGACCUGAGACCCAUUUCUCUAAGGUCCUGAUAACUUAAUGGGCCUUGCUGUUUUGUUUUCAUUCAAGAUGGGGAUUUCAAAUGUUUUUAGAAUUAUACAACAAAACUAUCAGGUAAAGGGAAAAAAGGGGGAUAAUGCAACAAGGUAACAUCUAACAUCAAUGUGUAUUUUCUCUGCACUGUUCUCUAUUCAUUUUGUAUGAUAAUGGUGAGAAGAAUUUGUUUAACAAUCAGACCCUUAUUCUUGUGAUCUUGAUGUGUGACUCAGGGGUGAUAUUGUAAGGAGAAAUUAGAUGUUGGUCACUCUUAGGGUCAAGGUUUCACAAGGGUUAACCAACACUCAGGAUCUUAAAAUAACCAAGGAGAAAUUUAUACUGUCUCUGUUUUGACAUAUACACGUGGUUAGACAUUAAAACUGCAGGCCCCAUCUCCUGCAUCUUCUCUGUACUGGUCUUACCAAGAAAGGGAAAAAAAGGGAAGCUCUCAGUGUUGUGGUUCUGGCCUCCGAACUUGGGGGCACUUACAAAAAAAUUUUCGUCAAAAAUUGUAAAUUGUUAAAUGCAGUCUUGCCAAACUCUCCUGCGAAGUGUUGUAAACUAACUCAGAAUACUCAUUAAGGAGAAGAGUUGAUAAAAUUACUGGUACUGUAUAUCUAUCCAGAGAUAAUUUAAAAAGCAUCCCAAGAAUUUCUAAAUCUGCUUGGCUGUUUUUCCUUCAGGAUUGUUGAGACACUGAUUUUACUUGGCAAGAAAUUAGGAUGUUACAAGAUCAGUCUGGAGUGUAAAGAUCCCCUGUUGACUUUUUACACACAAUUUGGUCUCAAGCAUGAAGACAAACAGAAUUACCUUUGUAAAAGAUUCUUUCACUGA